UCGGGCUUGUUUAAAUAUUCCUGCGCAUUAAUAAUUCACCAUCCUCCCGGAACGCCGCUAAAUAAUUGAUGAGCAGUCGGAAUGACGGUGUAUUGUUUUAUCUCGUUAGUUUACUACUCACGUGUUUUGUCCGGUUUGCCCGCAUCAGCGCCAACACGGAAUUCACGCAGAGCGCCAGCAUUCGCAACAUUUUCCGAAACGAAACUUGGGUCCAACGAAAUAACUUGACCGGCACGCUGUGAAAGAGCUCUUCUGGUUGAUUUGGGGAACUAUUACGUCUGGGUGUGACCUGUGUUGUAACCUGAACUGGAUGAAUGUUUUAUAAUGCUACUGAUAUGCGUAUAACCAAGAGGGACUUGCAUUUUAUCUGGCAGAGCAUUGGAUUUGUGAGGUUUUCUAAACCCUGCUAAGUACUUCAUUAUUCUUGUUAAAAUAGGUGUCCUACAGUUCUUUGGGAAAUUGGUUUCUGUCUAUUCAAUCGUAAUAAGUGAAGGGUUCCUCCAGACAUUUCUGUUUACGUACCGUCUAUAAUGACUGGUUAUAUUUAACUAACAGUGGAUAAAAAUAAACCUCCACAAGAUGUCAGUAGCUCAUGUUAAACAAGAACCUUUAGACAGUUUUGACGUGGACAUGAAAAAUGACAGUUACGAAAACGCCGGCAGUAGCGGUCAUGUCUCGGUGUUAAAGGGAGACAACCAGAAGCCCAUAAACCAGGAUGAGAUGCUGCACGUGAUGAGCAUCAUCAACAGGUGCGAGCAGGAGUCUGUAUCUCCCGGAUCUGACGACACGCGGACGAACGGACAGUUUACUGUAAACGGCGGCGACGGGGAUUUCAAACACGAGUGCUGCAUAUGCAACGCGCGCUUCAAGUCGUCACGUGCAUUCCGUGGUCACGGGGUCAUGCACCGGCUGGGGUUUGAUCCUGUUAAAAGAAGGAUAUCUUCUUCUGAAGUUACACAAGACUCCGGUAGCCAGUACUGUCGAAAGAACGGCUUCGAUGACUCGCCCUUCAAGUGCGACAACUGUCACGCAGUGUUCGGAAGUCGCGACACCUAUGCAAUGCAUAUGCUAAUGAGAGCCAAGGACGAGAACUGCAAAGCUCGUGCUCAGGCCAUAGGAAUCGAUGUUGAUGCCUCUCCAUCUGGACAGAUGAGCAAGAGUGUGAAGAUGGCUGAUGGAGGACUUUACAAUCUGAAGGAUGUAUCUAAUGAUACUAAUAAACUGUUUUCUGACUACAAAGGACUGAUGCCUACCUACGCGCCGAGUUGUGCUGACGCUCGCGAGAUCCUGGCCUGCCCGCAGUGUGGAGAGGUGUUCCCCAGCAAGGACACCCUCGCCAUGCACGCCAUGUUCCAUACACAUGACAAGGAGCAGCAGCCCAAGCCCACCAGGUGGGCGAUCGUCUAUUCCAGUCCAGUCACAGGACUUGUACGUUCUCCAAACCCAGCUGUUAUGCAAGCUAUGACACCAGAGCUAUUGCAUCAUAACGAGUCGUCGAACAGUUCUUCGCGAAGGCUGGAUGUUGGUCAGGACCACGGUGCUACUGGCUUGUCCAACUCUCCGACAGCUGACCAAGGUUUGGAUCUGAGCAUAGGUUCACCACGAGGUACAGCUGGUCAGUCAGCUUCUACCAGCAACAGCAGCAGCAGCAGCAGCAGCAGCAACCAUAAGCAACACGUGUCAAAGAUAAGUGAUGUGAUCGGCGUAGUAACAAAGCAAGAUGGUGAUGACGGUGUUGAUCUCAGUUCAUCGGUUGAACAUUCACCACAAUUGUCGAAGAAUGAAGUGACGAACACAUUAUUUUCUUAUCCACUGAAAUCACCAGAACCAGCGUCCACGCAGUUACGUGCAGUGUCGGCUGACAGUGGUGCGGUCAGAUUUCAAGCCCAGGGGGUACUAGAUGUCAAAGUGGAAUCAUCUAUCGAAAAUGCACUACAUAGACCAAAAUCAACAGACUGCGGUACGAUAGGACGAAAAGAUAAUCGUGAGAAAACUCAACAAAACGUGAGUUCCCCUCUUUCUGGCAGACUCGAAAAGGCUGAGUUGGCUGGAUUACCCGGAGAACACCAGUCUGACAUCAUGAACAGAAUGAGACAAUUGAGGAAGUCCCGAUAUCCCAUGCGGAAGCUGCCGUACGGAUAUCACCCGUUAUCGAGACCUUGGCGACAACCGGAAAGAAAGCAGGUGGAAGAAAGCAGCACCAAACCGGAUGUUCCCAACUAUACUGCUGCUGCACACAGCAGUGGUUCGUCAAAUCCAAACCAGGGUAUUGCGCAGAUGCUGAACUUAAAGGCAAAGGACUUCUCGUACUGUAAGUAUUGUGAAAUAGUGUACCUCGAUCGUACGCUGUUUCAGCUUCACAUGGGACUGCACAACGUAAACAACCCGUGGCAGUGCAACGCAUGUGGGAAGGUGUGUGGCAAUAGACUGGACUUUUCUUCACACGUUCUUCAUUACUGACGUUCAUUUUACCAAACCCAGAAGUUGUUGGUAUUAAUAGUUAUCCAUGAUUUCAUUAUAUGUUCAUCACUGUCAGUAAAUAUGCAGAUACGCCAUUGUCCAUUUCAUUUUCAGAUAUUAACGUGAAUUACAGCUGACAUUCAUGUGAUGCCAGAGAGCACGUGCUUCGUUGUUGGUGGUGAUAUAAACUAUGACUUUCUGCGACGUCAUUACACAUUUUAUAACAAUGGCGCCAAUAUAAGUGCAAGCGCUCCGUAACUGGUGAUAUCAUGGAUUACAACUAACAGUGACAUAUUUACAACUAACAAUCACGUCAUUACACGUGCUCCAUUAUUGACAGUGGUAUUAACUAUGGUUGGUUAGCAGUAUACAAUACGUGUCUCAGUAUUAAUGUCAUACGGGCGUAGGAGUAAAGUCUUAAGAUAAUGUAUUAGCCGCGACCCCAACAGCCACACCCUCCCCAUCCCCGUUGAGGCUAAAACAUUUUAAAAUGAAAUAUUAGGCUAUUAAUAUAGGUGCCCAAGGUAAACAUAGACAAAUGGGCGGCUAGGUUCAUACUCGAACCACCCCCACUCACCCCACCCCUCCCCACCCCACCCCCACCCCCGCACAUAAACACAGGUCAGUGUGUCUUAUGGUUGACAAUCAUAUCUUUUCAUCGUGAUUCAUUAUUAUUGCUAGCAAGAACUACGACUAUCAAUAAUAUAAUUAUCAUAUGUAUUUCAUGUCUUCACCUUAGCUUAACUUUUACUAACAUUGGCGUAUCUUUACAAAAACACAUAUGUACAAUCUUAGGCCUACCAAUAUGUGCGUUUCUGGGAGGCUAGGUUUCUGGAGGAGGGGAGGGGUGUUACUACUUGAACCCUACGGGUUCAGAUAAAAUGUUAUGUAUGUACUCUUUUCACUUACAUGUUAACAGUAAAUCGAAAAACCUAAUAAAAUAAACAAAUUUUAUUAAAAUGAUUAAUUAAUAUUUAAAUGCUAUAUUUAUAUUCUCCUUUUCAGUGUUAACUAUUACAAACCGAAUCAUUUUAUAAAAGAUUUUUUCAUUUCAAAAUUUUUCCUAAAGUGUCAAUAUCUAAUUCUAUAAACCUGAAGCACUACAAAUCGUGUUACAAAUCGUGUUACAAAUCGUAAGCAAGUACAUAUUUGUGUGUGGUUUUAUUGUAUGGAUAUAUUUCGCCAAUUAUGACAUGACUGUGUUUAUUAAAUACACUGUUAUUGCUUUGUGUGUGACCGACAUGACAUAACACUUUAUAACCCAUAUGCGGUUUAUUGUCAUAAAUGGUGAAAACAGUUGUGAAACAACACGCUUGUAACAGUAACAUAUGUAACAUAUAUAAUAUUGUCUACAGUGUAAUAAACAGUGAUUUG